AUGGACGUCAUACCCCGCGAUGGAGAGCGCAUUGUCACCCAGCCUGGGAACACGACUUCGGCUGGGGCGGUCAUCUCCCGAAUCGAGUCCAUCUUGGAGUCUAUCCUGGACUGUCUGGCCGAAGGAAAGGAGCUCUGCAUCGACUUGACUACAGCUAGAGACGGUCAGACCACCCAAAGGGUCCAUUUCCCAGGAAGGUGUGCGCAGGAGGCCACAAAAUUCGCUCGGAUACUUCUCAUUUUGCAGCUCGCCCACGACGCUCUGGUUUCGGGAAUCGUAUUGACCAAGCGCCACAUCUUCUACCAGCACCAAGAACUGUUUGGCAGCCAGAGAACGGUGGACAAGCUUGUAGACGGUAUUGCCCUCACGCUUGGCAUCCACCGUGAUGAGUUGAAUAUUGUCGCAUCUUCAAAAGGAGUCUUCUCAGGACCUCUCAGCCUUCGCCUUCUUGAUGAUAGGGUGAUUGGUCCUGCCACAGGUGAUGCGCUCAUCCGCUUCAAUUGUCCGCAGAUUCCGAUAUUUGCACUAGUCGACUAUGACCCGGAUGGGCUCAAUAUCUUCCGCUGCUAUCGGUUCAAAUCCAACACUGCAAUCCAAGAAACAGAUGUUACAACUCCGGGUAUACGCUGGCUAGGAAUAAAGUCACAAGAUCUUUUAGAAUAUGAGCGUUAUCUCAAUCAUUCGACAAGACACUCUUCAACCACCCAGCAAUCACCAACUAGUCAAUCGUCUCAAGAGAGUAAUAGCUCGAAAUCUUCAAUCUCGUCCACCGAGUGCCGUGAUCCAGUUUCAUUCCUUUCAACACGCGAUCGCAAAGUCGCUGUUGGUAUUUUAGAAAAGCUUCUAGAUGUCAAAGAUGACCCCGAAGUUGUCGAAGCUCAGAGGGAGCUUCAAGUAAUGUUGAUGAUGGGUGUCAAAGCCGAGAUACAAUGGCUUGAUGAAGCAGGAAAUCUCGCUGAUUGGCUUGACUUCAAGCUUGAGCAGCUCCUUCCAUAA